GACAAAUGCACCCUUCAGACACAGCCGGAGACUUCUCUCUGUGACAAGUAAAAGUGAAAACCUCAAACAAAAAUUACAAGCGGGGCUUGGUAGUUCAUUCUGUUCCAUUGAACCUCUGGAAUAAAACUCCCAAUCAUGGUCGAUCGGAUCCAGUUACCAAGGCUGUUGAUGUUUCUCUUUUUAACCCAAAGCUUUGGAGAAGCCCAACGGAUGACUCAAGAUGCUUUACUCAUGCAAUAUAUUGAGAGACGAAUCAUGUUGCUGGAGGACCGGCUAGAGAAAUGUAACCAAGACAUGAACAAAUAUGUCAGGGAGUUUAGAGACUUCCGGAAAGAAAUCACAGUCCGUCUGGAUAGGUUGAAUAUUUAUAAAACUGAGUUCAAGAAUGAGAUGGAGGUUGUUGGAUCCAGAAUUGACAGGAUUGAAAAAGAUAUUGAUUAUUUGGAGACACUGCAGCCAACUCAGCCAUGUGUGGAGGUCGAUGAAAAGUUAAUUGAAGAGCAGAUGCAGCAAGCAGAGGAGAAGAGAAAAGCCAAGCUUCGGAUGGCUGCAGAUUGCGACCUCUUGCUCAUUGGAAUCAAGUCAUUAAAAAUUGUUAAGAAAAUAGGUGCGAACCAAGGUUCUUGGAUAAAGGACCCUUCCCGAGAUUUUCAGAAGAUUUAUAUCUUGAGUGGAAUCAAUGGUGAUGUUUUCACCGAGUUUGCUGGCAUCAAGGCUUUCACGGAGAGCGCAGGGAGAAAACUGGCUAAGAGAGUCACCCUCCCUUUUGCCUGGCAGGGGACGGGUCAUGUGGUGUACAACGGCUACCUAUACUUCCAUCGCAAUGGCACCCUCAACCAAAUUGUCAAGUUUGACAUCCGUAAUGGGACAGUCAAAGACCGUAUGCUUCUGCAGGGAGCAGGCCGAGUACCUGCCUACCAACUCUCUCCGUACACCUUCAUCGACUUGGCUGUGGAUGAACAGGGCCUCUGGUCCAUCCAUGCCGAACCAGACGAUAGAGGUGGCAGCAUCAUUGUCACCAAGAUUGACCACAACAACUUGGCAGUGGAACACUCCUGGGACACCUCCUGCUCCAGCAAGGGAGCUGAGGCGGCCUUCAUGAUCUGUGGCACCCUUUAUGUUGUCUACAACACCCGUCAUGGUGGUCGCUCCCAUGUCCAGUGCCUGUACGAUGUCACUGAUGUGGUCACCACCGCUGAUGUGCCAAGCCUGUACUUCCCCAAGCGCUAUGGCAAACACUCCAUGAUUCAUUACAACCCCCGGGAACAUCAACUGUAUGCCUGGGAUGAAGGCUAUCAGACAAUUUACAAACUCAUCACAAAAAAGAAAUUGGAAAGUCGACCCUCUUUCUAAUAAUUGCAUCUUUUUAUAUUUACACGCUUUAUUAUAAAGUGGCCUAAACUGCUGACUAAUGGUUAUCAUACCUGCAACUUGACCAUAUAAUCCAUUCAAUCUCCAAACAGAAUGACUGGCUUUUAAAUUUACCAAAAGCUUCUCCUCUGCUGAUACAGCACAAGUCAUGAAGGUGACAGAAUUCUCUCCACUCUCCAAUGGGAGCAGCUCCAGUAGCACUCUGGAAACUUAAUAGCAUCCAAGACACAAUACAUGCAUUUGUCAUCCCAAUAAAUACUAUGAACAUUCAAUCGCUCCACAACCAGCGCACAAUGGCAGCAGUGUGGACCCAUUACAAGAUACAGUAACCUGCCAAGGUUCGUUUAGCAGCACCUUCCUAACCUACAUUUUCCACCACCUAGAAGGACAAGAGCUGCAGAUAUUUAGGAGCACCUCCUACCAGCAAGUUCUUCUCUCGGUCAGAUUUCAUUGGGACUUGGAAAUACAUCACUGUUCAUUCAUUAUUCUUUCCUAACAGCUCUGUGGGGAUAUUUCCAUCACAGGGACUCCAGUGGUUCAAGAAAGUAACUCACCUUCAAGGGUAAUUUGGGAACAGGGCCAGUGUUUGCCAAUUAGCACAUUGCUAAUUUAUUCUGAUGAAACAAAAUAAGACAGGUAAAACAAAACUGAAAAUGUGAAUAGUACACAGAAGCACUGACCAUAUCUGUAUGGAGAGAAUGGUGGGUAUUUAAAAAUGGGAUUGGGAAACUGCGCAAAUGAAGAGAAGUGUCCUCGCUGUUUAUAGACAAUGACAGAUCUUCUGUGUAUCACCUACAUUUUUCAAGAGGCUGACCUAAUCACCUCCUGUAACUAUUAACUACUCUGUCCAGAAAGGAUCAUCUAUGAGGAGUCAAAGGGAGGAAUAUCUUGGCAACACAACUCACUAAAUUCAAGUAUUUUUGUCACUUUUAUUGUGCAUUUUUGACUCCAGAGUCAAGAGCAAGGUAGCUUCCACCUGUUGCAGAGAGGCAGCAAGUUUAGGCACUUGUAUUGAAAGACUACAAAGUGGUGAUGAGGAAUAGGCAAUGUUUAAAGUUGUGCCAAAAUGAUAGAAAGAGGGAAUGAUAAGAGCAGAUUCUUGUUUGUGUCUUUUGCUCUUCCCUCUUCCUACUCCAUCACAUCCUCCCAAAAUCUUUCCGUUCUAUUAAGAGACAUUGCUGACUUUCCGGUUCUCGAUCCUGAUAAAGGAGCAACAAAUUGGCUCCUCUUUUCCUGAACAAGCUGCUUUUCAUCAUGUUUUAUGCUGAUUGAUUUUGCUUUGAAUCCAUUUUUCCCCACUUUAAAAUCUUGUGAAAUUGCUUUUCAUUUGUAAAUGAUGAUGUCUCUAUCAUAUCUAAUAAGAAUGAUGUGGAGGUGCCAGUGUUGGACUGGGGUGGACAAAGUUUAAUAAUCGCACAACACCAGGUUAUGGUCCAACAGGUUUAUUUGGAAACUAGUUUAGAUUACUUAGUGUGGAAACAGGCCCUUCGGCCCAACAAGUCCACACCGACCCGCCAAAGCGCAACCCACCCAUACCCUUACCUAACACUAUGGGCAAUUUAGCAUGGCCAAUUCACCUGACCCGCACAUCUUUGGACUGUGGGAGGAAACCGGAGCACCCAGAGGAAACCCACGCAGACACGGGGAGAACGUGCAAACUCCACACAGUCAGUCAGCUGAGUCGGGAAUUGAAGUCACGCUGUGAGGCAGCAGUGCUAACCACUGUGCCACCGUGCCGCCCUUAGUGUUUCCAAGUAAACCUGUUGGACUAUAACCUGGUGUUGUGUGAUUUCUAACUAUGUCUAAUAAGAGGUAACCUUUUAUACUAGACAAUUAACCAUCACCUUUUUUCCAUCCCAACUGGAUAAAAUUACAAAGGCAUCGUUUUUAAUGUGUUCAGUGCACUGGUUUUUCAGCUUUUUAUAAGCUUUUAGCACUUAAUUAAAACACAAUUGAUUUCAUUGCUUAAUCCUCUCCAUUCCCCUUUUUAAAAGUUCAUCUGAUUUCAGGCAAAUUGAAAUCUCUAUAAAUCAGCGGUUAUAGAGUCCUAGAGAUGGACAGGACAGAAACAGAUCUUUCGGUCCAACCUGUCCAUGCCGACCAGGUAUUCCAACCUAAUCUAGUUCCGCCUGCCAGCACCCGGCCCAUAUCCCUCCAAACCCAUCUAAAUGCCUCUUAAAUGUUGUAAUUGUACCAGCCUCCACCACAUCCUCUGGCAGCUCAUUCCAUGCACGUACCACCCUCUGUGAAAAAGUUGCCCUGUGGGUCUCUUUUAUAUCUUUCCCCUCUCACCCUAAACCUAUGCUCUCUAGUUCUGGGCUCCCUGACCCCAGGGAAAAGACUUUGUCUAUUUAUCCUAUCCAUGCCUCUCAUAAUUUUAUAAACCUCCUAUAAAGUCACACCUCAGCCGCCGACGCUCCAGGGAAAACAGCCCCAGCCCGUUCAGCCUCUCCCUAUAGUUCAAAUACUCCAACCUUGGCAACAUCCUUGUAAAUCUUUUCUGAACACUUUCAAGUUUCACAACAUCUUUCUGAUAGGAAGGAGACCAGAAUAGCACACACUACUCCAAAAGUGGCCUAACCAAUGUCCUGUACAGCUGCAACAUGGCCUCCCAACUCCUGUACUCAAUACUCUGACCAAUUAAGGAAAGCAUACCGAACGCCGCCUUCACUAUCCUAUCUACCUGCGACUCCACUUUCAAGGAGCUAUGAACCUGCACUCCAGAUCUUUGUUCAGCAACACUCCCUAGGACCUUACCAUUAAGUAUGUAAGUCCUGCUAAGAUUUGCUUGCCCAAAAUGAAGCACCUCGCAUUUAUGGUUUGCAACCAUUUUGCUUCUACGGCCUCUCCCCAGUGCUAUAAAACUUCCUGACCCCGGUUGUAACAUAAGCAUUUUUCUGUAUAAAAGUUAGUUAUACAAUUAAAUGUAUAUAUUUGUCAUUAAGUUUGUUUUAUUUGCAUCUUCCCUGCUAUGUUCCAGUUUUUCCCCUAUUUGUGAUGACAUUCUCUUUUUCCUCUCUGCAGUCUGAAGAUAUUACAUAGAAUAAUCUUUCCAAUAUGCAAGUUCUUUAUGGCUUAAGCAAGCAUUUUUUAAUGCAUAUACCGUGUAAAACAUGGCACUAGACCGAGUUCUACUUCCCAAUGGUAGGGGUACAAAUCUCAUCCUGGCAGCUGGUAAAAAGCAAAUAAACCGGCCUUCUGGUCUACAUGUGCCUCCAGAUCCACAGCAAUGUUGUUGACCCUUGGCUGCCCAGUGAAAUGGCCAAGUAAACUACUUGAUGGCAAUUAAGGACAUUCAACAAAUGCUGUAUUUGCCACAUUCCAGACAGGAAUUUCAGAAACUGCCAGCCAUAUAGCUCUGUCUCAGUGGAUGGCCCUCUUGCCUCUGACUCAGAAUUUUCUGGAUUCCAGCUUAAUUCAGGACUUGAUCCAGACUGACACUCCAGUGCAGUACUGCAGGCAUGCUGUACUGUUGGAGAUAUUGUCUUUUGAAGAGUCACUAAAUCAAGGUCCUGUCUGACUUCUGGAGAGGAGAUGAAUUGUCCUAUGACAUGUUCAAUUGUCAUCACAAAAACAGUUUAUCUUGUCAUCAUCUGACUCUUAUGAGUUUGCAGAGUGAAGAAGGGAAGCACAGUGGCUCAGUGGUUAGCACUGCUGCCUUUCAGUGCCAGAGACCUGGAUUGAUUCCAUUCUUAAACGACUGUGUGGAGUUUGCACAUUCUCCCCAUGUCUGCGUAAAUUUUCUCUGGGUGCCCCAUUUUUCUUCCACAGUCCAAAGAUAUGCUGGUUAGGUAGAUUGGCUAUGCUAAAUUGCCCAAUAGUGUCAGGAAUCUGCAGACUAAGUGGAUUACCCAUGGUAAAUGCAAGGUUACAGGGAUAGGGUGGAUCUGGGCAAGAAGCUCUUCAGUAGGUUGGUGCAGACUCGAUGGGCCCAAUGAUUCAAUGUUCCCUAAGUUACCUGAAUGCCUUCACUCUAUUGGUUUUGAAACACUAUGACACAUCUGGUGAUCAUGAAAUGUACUACAUAAAUGCAAGUCUCUUUACUUCACAGAUGUAAUAUCUACAACAGGCCCAGCUCUCGCCAGCAGCCAUUUUACCAAAACAUAAUUUUUCAAAUCAAAAUUAUGUGGAUUAAAUUUGCUGAGUGCUCCAAUGUGUUUCCUCACUCUGGAUUCUCCCUUCAUAUGUUGCAGCCAUCCACCAACCACACCACUGCUUCAUUUACAGAUCAGCUUGAUCUGUCUCUGUCUCUGUCUCUGUCUCUGUCUCUGUCUCUGUCUCUGUCUCUGUCUCUGUCUCUGUCUGUUGUCAAACACCAACCAAUGCCUGUAUAAAAACAAACAAAAAAAAACACACUUUCAUUGGAUAGCAUCCUUUUAUUGGUAAGAAGUCUCAGCUAACAUUUCACAUGACUCCAAUUUUAAUUGGCUAAUCAUCACAUCAGUCUUUUUUCUUCGUAGCCAACCUUGUGAAACCUUUGCCUGAAGCCCGAAGCAGGUGGCAGAGAACCCUUGCAUUCAGUGAAUUUUAGUUUGUACCAUCAAGUAUUCAGCUCAGGAACUGAGUUUCUCAGUGCCAUAGCAUUGCUGACCAUAUUGGAGAAUGUGCUAAAGACUGAAUGUUGGGGAAAUAUUGCUUGAGUUGUAAGAUGUCAUUGUCUUCCCAACCUUUUUAGCAAAGGUUUGCACCUUUUCCUCCUCAGGAUGCUAAUUGUUCGUACAUGACACUUUAAGCUAAAUUGGCUCCUGAUACUUGAGGGGUGAAAUUGGAUUUUAAUUAGUAUCUUUAAUUAACUUUAAAUUUGCAGUACAGUAUUGCUCAUCUACAAGUUACCCUGUUGUGUAUUUCAGUAUAUUGGCAUUAUGGUUUACUGGUAAAAAGUUGUCUGGCUAGUGCCUCUGCUCAAUUUCAAUCUCAACUCAGUUUUUUUUUAUGCUUUGGAGCUUUCUUGUCCACUACUCUAGUGAGAAAAUUGAGUCUAAACAACACUUCUAAUGUAAGUGCUAGAAACUGUACCACAUACUGAGCUACAAAGCACACCACCCCCACAAACUGUACAGAAUCUUAUUCAGCAAGAAUUUUCUUCUACCUGAAAAUGAGCCAGGUCCAGUCUACACCCUUCAACCUUUCAACAGAUGCCAAAACCAACUAUAUAUUUCAAAAGCUGUCUAUCUCUGCAUGCUUUCACAUUUUCAAUCAAAAUUCCUAUGUAAUUCUGUCACAUUGUAAUUAUAUCCUCCAACUAAUGAUGGCACAGUAGCACAUCAAUUGUACAUCUUCCAGUUCAUCAGCUUAAAUUGUAAGCAAAAUAAUAACCUGUGACUGACUAUUUUUCAGCUUUCUGUAAGAUAUGCUAAGUACAAAUAAAUAACAAUGCCAAAA